AUGCAAAUUUUUGUUCGUGGUGCUUCGGAACUCAUACCACUUGAACUUGAAAAAGAAGAUACAGUUCAAGAUAUUCGCGAAUAUAUCGCUGAAGAAUGUGACGUUGAUAUUGAAGAACUUGUAUUAAGUUUCAAUGGAACACCUUUAAAUGACGAACAAACUGUUGAACAAUUUGGUCUCGUAUCAGGUUCAACUCUUGAUGCUACUGUUAAAUUAUUUGGUGGUAAAGUUCAUGGUUCAUUAGCUCGUGCUGGUAAAGUUAAAGGACAAACACCAAAAGUAGCUAAGCAAGAAAAACGCAAGAAGAAAACAGGUCGUGCUAAACGUCGUCUUCAAUAUAAACAACGAUUCGUUAACAAAGUUGCUGCAUUUGGUCGCCGUAAAGGACCUAAUUCAAAUCAACCAGCUACGAAAUAA